AACACAAACUCAGAAAUGCUAAAUGCUGCGCGUUAUUUCUCAUAUCCACCCACGGCGGUGUCUGCAAGACGGAGACAGAGACAGAGGUUACGACGACGUAAACAUCAGCUCGAAACCGAACACAUUUCUUUACUUCACUUGAAAACACUCGACACUGCAGAAGUGAAAAUGCAGACCGAUAAACGACUAAAUGGAGGAGUAUUCAGAAUAGAUGCUGCGACAUACUAUAAGUAUAAGGCAAUUGUUGACCGCAACAACGAAAUUAUUCGAGAGUUAAAAGCACAGGGAGAGCAAAAAGACAAAAUUAUAGAGAAGUUAAAAAUGGAUCGACUUUGCUUUGAACUUGUGCUAGCAAGCGAAAGAGGUGGAAAAGCUACUGAAGAAUGAAAAAGAAAUAUGUGUUCAGACCCUUUGCACUUUCUGUUCAUUCAUUCAGCAUUUUCAAAGGCGCAUUCAUUCCACACACAAUCUUGUUUGUACAGUGUUCUGAAUCGUCAUUCAAGCUGUUAACUGGACAGUUUCCAUACUCAUAGGAUUUUAGUCUAGCUUAAAUAUGCGACAUGUAGAUGCACUUUGCUUCAUUACAUCUUCCGAAAAAUAAAAUUGAGGUAUGGAGAA